AUGGACCUGGAUAUUCGUCAGUAUUUAACCAAGGCAAAGGAGCAACAAGACUCUGGAGCUCUGCAGGCAGCUUACCAUUUAAUCAAGGACAUGACAGCAGCUGGGACCAGCGGACGAACUCCACACAUUUCCCCGGAGUUGUACGUCGUUUGUGCGGAAACAGCUCUACAGCUGGGUUGUUUGGAGAUAAGCACAGUGUGUCUAAAGAUGUACUUUGAAGGGAAUCCGCCGGCUAAUCAAUUUCUGUGUCGAGCCUACCUCUGCCAGGGCCAGCUGAAGUCUCCGUCGGCCACUGGGAGUGUGGAAGACUUUGAAGAGGCUGUGAUGUAUUUUCUCAAAGCAAUUGAAAUUUCAAAGCAUGAACCAGGAUACCACUUCAUGGUGUUCAAUGCCUCAGUCCUAUAUUUCCAGACAGUGCGUCCUCUCCUGCAGCCGGGGAGGUGCCUCCACCUGGUUCCCUCCCUCAGGCAGGUGGUCCAAAGUCUGGAGGAGGUGGCAGACCAAGACCACAGCUGGAGGGCUGAACUCAUGAUGCACCUGAUCAAUUGUCUUGUCGACUCUGGGAAAAUGGAGGAUGCUGCAAGUUUUGCCAGAGUUACAGAAGAACUGAUCAAGUCACAUACCCCACAUCUUUAUCCAAGACUGUACACAUUACUGGUACAGCAUAAUCUGGCAGAGGCUGAUGUCCUUAUUGAAAUGAGCAGGCAGCACACCACCUUAGCAGUCAUUUACAAAAUACAGGAAUUUAAAAACAGAUUAGAAGAAAUAAAUAAGGAUGAGCUGACGAAAGAGGAUUCUGCCAAGCUUGAGGAGAUUUUCCAUCUCCUGGUGGAUUGUACAAAGGCUUCCUCUACGCCAGUGAACCUCAGCCCUCUUCAGGGCCCAGUCUCCAUCCAACCCGCUGACAGAGUUCCCUUCCUCCUGGAGCUGGCUCUGCUGGCCUUGCAAGUGAAGCAUCAGAAAGUAGCUGCCGACUGUUUGAAAGAACUAAAGUGGGCAAGAGAGGCUAGUAUUGGCCAACGCAUAAUAAUGGAAUGUGUCAGCUGUGAAAUCAACCUGCUGAGGAAAGAGGCGAAGAUGAAUGACUAUUCCAAAGCCAGUGUGGAGGCGCGGCUAAAGGAGAUAGGCAAGCUGGAUCAGUGGCUGCAGACUGCAGUGAGAGAGGGGGACCCUCAGGCUGUACAGGCAGUGUGUGCUACCCAGUGGAGAUUCUGCUUACCCCUGUUGCAGCACAACCUCAGGAAGCACAUCAAGACACCGUUGCUCAGAGUGGUCCAAGUACUGGAAGACAUGCAGAGUAUGUUGCUGGAGAUGCGCUGUCAAGUCCACUCAGAGCUGGCAGUGACUGAAGAGAAGGAGGGGCGCCUUGAGGCUUCUUUGACUCACCUUCAGAAAGCCAUGCUGCUGGAUAACGGGACACAACGCGAACGCCUGUCAUCAGCUUUGCGCCUCCUGCAACUCAGACGGACACUUUAUCAAACACCCUCCCGACCCGAGGAUAAAGCCGCUAUGCUUAUGCAGCAGGCUAAGGAUAUGCAACCCCAAGAUAAGACAGACACUCGUCCCAUCCUGGUUUCUGUGGGUCUCCUUUUGGGCCCUGAUGAUUUCCAGAUGGUGCUGGAUGGAGACAACACCUCCGACAUUCCCGUAGGCAGUCUUGGAUCUGGACCAGUGGCUCAGCUCUGUGCUAAGGCUCAGCAUCACUCUGCAUCUUUGCAGAGGUUAGAUGGACAUCUGGCCAGACAAGGUGGUGACGUUGACAGCACAGACAGGAUGAAAUUGUGGGCAACACUGGUGAAGACAGCCAGAAAACACAAAGUUUGGGAUGUGUGCCGAGCUGCUUGUCGAUUCUGUUUGCUUUACGAUGAUGGGAGGUGGAAGAUUUCCAAAUCUGACAAAUGUAGCUGCUCGGAGGCGGAGAGCUGUGCAGAAUGUCUUCAUGGCCAAACCUGUGUGACUGACCUACUGCGCCUUUUAGCUGAAAUCCGCUUCAUCAGUGCUGAGGCCACCGUCCAAAAGCUGCGAAUGGAGGGGGUGCAUCUUAACAGCCCUGCUGUCCCCCCAAAGGAGAGAGGGGUUUGUGUGCCUGAAGAGGAGCCACACUGGGUUAUUUACAGAGACUGGAUCCAGGCUCUGUCUGCCUACGCCACCUCCAACUUCUUGCGGGCAGCAGAGCUUGGAUCAGAGAUCAGGGAGCCGUGGGUGGUUGCAAAUGCAGCCAUUUACCUGUGGAACUACAGCAGCAACUUAUUGGCAGCUGGGGAAUACCAACGCCUGCUUCCCCCCUUCCAGAGUCUGGUGGAGAUGCUACAAAAGAUAGAGUGUGCUGGGAAUCGGGCCCUGGUCGUGCUGUUGUGUGAUGCUGUGGCCCGGGGCUUGAUCCAGCCCCUGUGUGAACCAGCCAGGGCCAUGUCAGGUGACAAGAGCAAAAACAGAGCUGAGAGCAGGGUGGAGAAGGCUGCCACUGUCCAUGGGGCUUUCUUAGACCCUGCUGCCCUGCAGGAUGUCCGCAAGGCAUUAGAGCUGUGUGACUACGCCCUUCACAUGUCCAACUGUAACAUCCCAGGGGAGUCGGUCUCCAUCGCAGCAAAGAAACAGGUGUUGGCCACAUGGGUACAGGUCAAGAGACUGUUGCAACAGCAGAUUGGCCCAAAGAUCGACAUUACAGAUGAGUGUGACAACGAGGGAGAGUCAGCGAUGACUCGUGUGCUGGUUGGAGUGGAGAUGCUCCAGUGCAACAGAAACCCGAGGCAUAUGGAGUUCUCUGUUCCCAGUCUCUCCACACUGGUGAGCAUGGCGUCAGAAUGCAGCUGGACGGACGCCGCGGUGGAGUUGCAGGUGUGGUGCCAGCUGGCUGCCUUCUGCCACUAUGCCAAGGACCACAGCUUGGUGUUGUGCUGCACCAAGAGCGCUCUGCAGCUGGAAGAAGCAGCAGCAAAGAGUCUCAAUACUAUGCCCUGUGUUUUGUAUGACUUGAUUGCAGUGAAUGAGAUGCUGAGCAGCGCAGCGUGUUUCAGAGGUUUGAGCUUGGUCCACAAGUCCAGUGGAGAUGUACACACUUACAGAGAGGCCAUGCAGGUGCUUCUGUCCAGUGUCAGUUAUGCAGAAAAGGCUGAGAGUCCAGCAUUGUGCGUCACAGCUGCCAAACAUUACUGGAACACUUGUCUGCCCCUGAUACACACUCCUGAAGAAAUAUGGCAACUCCAAGAUCCCCUGGAGAAGAUCCUGAAUGCUCUGGUCCAUACCAAACAUGCAAAUAAACAGGGCAAAGUGAAGGACCUGCUGACCUUGACAGCAGUGCCUCUUGGGAAUUCUAAACAUGAAGCAACAGAUAAAGAGGACCUAACCCUGAGAGCAGCCAUUUACAGUUUGUUGCUCCACAUCCACAUUGAUAAAACAGACUGGAAAGGUGCUCUGCAGCUGCUGGACAAAGCUAACAGAGACAUGCCUCACACCAGACACAGACUACCUCUGCUGAAACAUCAUCUACUGGUGAAAGCACGACUGGGGGAAAGUGUAUUCAUGGACAUGCAGAAAUUUCAAGAUGAAGGAGAGCAGUGCUGUUCGUUUAUAUGGCAUCAGGUGGCACUGUGUGCUGGCAAUAUAAGCCAACAGCUGACCUCCUACCAGAAAUCCAUCACAGCUCUGUUGAGCACAGCGACUCAGUGGAAGAAAGUCAAUCUUGUGCUAGAGUUUGGAGAGUGGCUGUACUGUAACAACUUCCCCAAAACCAGUGCCCAGCAGCAGGUUCAGUGGGCCAUAGACAUCCUUCUACACUGUGAAUCUGAACAGGCAGAAGGAGCAGAGGACGAGUCCAGAAAGAGGGGUUUGAGUUCAGUGGAAUGUGAGUCCCUGGUGGGAGUCCAGGGCUUGUUAUUCAUGCAAAAUUUGUCCAGUCUGAAGGAAGUGAGACGCCUUGACUGCUUGGUCCGAGCGCACACUCUGCUCGCUGUCAUGGCAGGCAGGACUUCACCUGAGCACCAGCUGAACCUGCUCAGAGCCUACACCUUUGUGCUUCAAAUAUGGCAGGUUUCCAUGGCAGUGGCUUAUGAGAUUUCCAGUGAGAUGGCAAAGAGCCAGCCACUCCAGCCUCCUCCUUCUGCUGGAUCUAAAAAAGGCAAAGACAAGGGCAAAGGCAAGAAAGUGAAAGAUACAACCCCUGCAGAAGAAAGACCUAAACCUGUUGUCCUGGAUCAGACACUUCCUUCCUCCCCGAAGGACUGGGCUCGAUACAUGUGUCCUGACCAGGCCCGGCAGAUAUUCAGAACCAACAGUAACCCUCACUGUAUCAAUACACACAGCAUUACAAAGCAGACUCAAAGCUUGUUUUACCUCAACCUGCUGCAUAAAGAGCUUCACUCACUCUCACUCGAUCACCUGAGCCUUCCUGUAAUGCAUCUAGCUGAAACCAUUGCUCAUGAUCUUUUGGAUAGGAGGAGCCUCUCUGACCUCUACAGACUAAGAAUUCUGAGGACCUGCUGCCAGCUAGGUUUGGAGACACACUCACCAUAUCAGGAGAAGCUCCUGGAUUUGUGCAGAAUCCAAGAACAAGAACAGAUGGAGUGCCACAAAGUGAUUGCUCUUUCACAGGAGAGGAGAGGCCUUCACAAAGCUCUCAAUCAGAAAACUGAAAUGGAUGGAAACAUGGGGUCUGGCCGAUGGAGUACAGAUUUGUGUGCUUGGGACAUUUGGCUGGAUAAAGCUGAGAUUUGCCUCAGCAUGGGGCUCUAUCAACCAGCCCGGCAGCUCCUGGCAGAGGCUCACUUAGUGGCUAGGGAGCUUGGGGAUCAGAAAGCAAUGGCAAGAAGUUUGCUCAGUCUGGCCACUCUGGCUUGUGAAGAGCAAAACCAUGCCCAGGCUCUGAUCCUGCUGGACGAAGCCCAAGCCCUGGGUGGGGAUGAGGAGUUCUGGUACCAGCUCACCCUCACCAGGGUUAGAGCUGUAGUGGGCCAGAGCCACAGAGAUGCACAAACCAAUGCUGAUCAGAUUAUAAAACAAGGCUGUGGGGCUCUGAAGCUGGUUCUGGAGCAGCGGGUAAACAGAGUCCCAGAGCUCACAUUCUUCAUCAUCUCAUUACAGAUGAGAGGUGCCAUGGAAUAUAUAUGUGCCAUUGUUGGUGGUGAACCUGGAGAGACACUCUGCACCAAGGCUGUCCAGAGGCUAAUGGCUGCCUGUGAUACACUCAGAGACUGUGCCAGUAGUUUCACUGAACUCAGCUAUAGAGAACAGGCAGCAGAGGCACAUGCAGAGUACGCUCAUGGUGUGAGACUUUUAGCCAAACAUACCACUGAUAAGGAGGAGAAACAGCGCUUCCUGCUCAACGGCCUCUCUCAAAUGCAGCUAGCUGUCACAGUGCAGGAACAUAUGGUGCUGAACGCUCAGAGGCUGCUCCCCCCACGAGAGGAGAGUCAUGGAACGUCUCUGGCAGCUAUGCGGAGGCUGCUGCGCCUGCGACUGGCCCUGGCAGAAUAUAGUCUGGCCCUGCUGGAGGAGCACUGUGCUGAGAAGAAACACCAAGCUCUGUCCCGUGAGAAGAAGACCUCUGCUGAGAUAGCAGUGGAGGAGUUUACACGCUUCACCCCUGAGCCCAACUCUGUAGAACAGGAAUGGGUGAGUGUGGGCAGUACUUUGGGGCAGAUGGCUCUGGGCCAGCUGGCUGCAGUCACUUCUCACUCCUUGGACAACAUGGAAACCAGAGCUCGCUGCCUGAGUCUGAUGGGAAAGUACCUGAGACUGCUGGCUGUGCAGGAGGACCCCAGUUAUCUGUGUGCUCUCUGGGACAAACACAAACUUGAGGCCUGGUCUGACCCUAAAACCACUUCUGUGGAGGAGGAGAAUUCAAAGAAGGAGAAAGGCAGAGAAUCAAGCAGAAUCGAGCUGAGGAUGACCUCUGCCAGAAGUGCUGGGCUGCAGACUAACAGGCAAAAAGCCCAGCAGCUGUUGGCACAGGCCAGUAAAGCACUCACUGAAUCCAUCAGCCUGUGUCUCCAGCAUCACCUGCCUCUUUCCAUCCUGGCUGAUGCCUCUAUCAACAUGUUGGACUGUCAUGGCCAGUCUGAUCCUGCAGUGGCAGGACAAUACCUUGCCCUGUUUCAGAGCUGCUGCACUGCUACUAUGAUAGCUGAAGUCUUAAAUUCUGCCUGUGCUGACACCAGUGUCUCCCAGCUCUCAGCUCUGCUCAGCCUCCACAGAAAACUGCUCCUCUCUCAGGAGGAGAGGCCCAGCAGCAUGCUGAAGGGAGUGGAAGACUCCCUCAACAGCAUCUCCAAGGCCUUCAACCAGCUGACCAUCAAUCCCAACCACCUAAACAUCCUUACAGAGCUCCCACCCAACCUGAAAAUCCUGCUGCUUCAGCACUCUGAAGACGGGUCAGAACUUUAUGGGGCCUUCUAUGAAAUGACCAAAGCUCCAGAAAGUCCAAAAGGAAAGACUACGCAAGUUGCAGGUACCCUGACGUGCUCUAGAGUGGCCAAGGUUUCGGUCUGCCCGCAGGCUCUACUGGCACUGAGGGAGCAGACUCAGGCCUUUGGCCAGGAGACUAGACAUGCCCUCCUCAAGGAAGCCUGUUGGCACGGUGCUGAGGGCAGACCGGGGGCCUCUGAGGAGCAUCAGAAAACUGCUGCAGAUGAAAAGUUAGCACCUCACUUCUGCAAAAUUGUACAAGACAUGGAAGACUAUUUGAAUCCACUUCUCACACAGCUUGACGUCUCUUGCUUAAGGCUCCAGGCUGCAUCUGUGCCAUUUCUUGAGAUGACCAAAAACAAAGAUAAAGAAGAAAAAGGGAGCUCGAGUAAGGGUAGACCAGGGGAAUGUGUAGUGUUGCUUACAGACAGAAAGUUGCUGGAGUUGCCGCUGGAAUCCUUGACCAUCCUGCAGGAGGAAGGCCUGAGCGCUGUGUCACGAGACUUUUCUCUCCAGCUUUUCCACAGUCGACUGAACAGAGACGAGCCAGAGAAAGUGGAAAGUGACAACAAAAAGGAGACCAAAGGUGGCAAGGGAACUAAGGGGAAGGAAGGUCAAAGCCAAGCCAUCAAAGGGGUACCUGCCAAUCGUGCCUCACCUUCAAACACCCUUCCAGUUGACACACAAAACUUCAAAUAUAUCGUUGAUCCUUACAAUGAAGGCAGCUUUGAAGGGACCAGUCUAAGCGCAAGGAUGGAGGAGGUUUUGGAAACCCACAGCAAGCAUCUGUGGGAGGGCUUCAUGGGCAGCAAACAAACGCCCAGUCUGUCUGAGAUGGAGCAGCUGCUGCGCAGAUGCAGUGCUUUUAUUUACCUGGGGACAGAGCGCUUCAUGGAAAACAUCCCUCCUGCCAAACUAGCAGCCCUCAGUCUGUCUGAGUGUCGCAUAGCUCUGCUCUUUGAGCAGGCUCCGAACAAUGCCAGCUUUCUCCGCCAAUCAAUCCAUGACAUGCACAAGGGGGCAGGACAGUUUGCUCUGCAGAAACCUCUGGAGACUGCUCUGCUGUUGAGUUUGUGUGGUGUCGGCUGUGUUGUUCUUAAUCAGUGGCACAGCAGCCUUCAGCAGAACACACGUAAUGCGGCCACUGUUCUAGACAAUCUACUGAGGGUCAGGCAGACCUCUGGUCAGACCGUCCAUGCCUUGAGGAAAGGGAAGAGCUCAGAGAUGCCACAUCACAAAGUUACAGGAUCAUGUGAUCUAGUGCUCCUCACUGACUCAAAGGAAGACGAUGUUUACCACCAAAUGACUUUCACACCAUCAGCCUUCAACUGUAUACUUUAUGGACUCCCUAACUUCAUUGCCAUGUAA